CAUCAACUUGCAAGCCCAUUUCACUAGUUUUCACGGCGUUCCACCUUCUUUGCUUUCCCUCGCGCGAAGCCAGUCACCGCCGUCCGCAACAGCAGAGCAAGUUCCCUCCUUCUUCAAUCUUCAUCCCUCGCGCGAAGCCAGUCACAGCCGUCGAAGCUUUUCUGUAGUGUAGGAGAAUUUCGAAGUUUCCGGUUCUCAGAUAUCAAUAUUUUAUCUGUUGAGUUCCGGAUUUGGCACAUUUGACGGACGAAUGGAAGGCGCUAGUGCCAAAGGAGAUAGCAUGGAAGAGCUCAAGGGACUUCGAAUUUCUUCCCUCGACAGUGAUAGUGAAGAAGACGCUGCUGUCGUGGAAGAAAAUCGCAAAGCAGUGGACGUGGAAGAGGAAGACGAUGAAGACGAGGACGAAGACCUAGAACCAGUCAUGCUUGGGUUUCUGGAGAAGCCUGAGCAUCCUUGGUCUCUACUCCGGCAGUCAUUCCCUAGCAAAGCUGGGGGUGCGCCGGCGUGGCUGGACCCUGUUAAUUUACCCACCGGGAGGCAUUGUGUCUGUGAUAUAUGUGGAAAGCCUCUUAGAUUUGUGCUCCAGGUCUAUGCACCGAUAACAGAGAAGGAAUCUGCAUAUCACAGAACGUUAUUUGUGUUUAUGUGCCCGAAAAUGUCUUGCCUUCUCCGUGAUCAACAUGAGCAAUGGAAGCACAAGCCUGAGCAGCCAUCCCGAAGUGUGAAGGUUUUCCGCUGCCAAGUGCCUCUGUCUAAUCCUUUUUACUCGAGUGAGCACUCGAAAAAUGAUGGUACUGAUAGACCUUCUUCACCUGGAGCUGUUCUCUGUGAUCGUUGUGGUACUUGGAAAGGGGAUAAACUUUGUGGUCGAUGCAAGAAAGUACACUAUUGCUCUGAAAGACACCAGCGGAAGGAUUGGAAGUCUGUUCAUAAAUAUGAGUGUCGGCAAGUGGACAAUUCUCUACAACUAUCCAACGCUGGCUCUAUUCUUACCAAAAAGCUGUGGCCAGAGUAUGAAAUAGUAGAUGAGGAUGAAGGUGAAUUUGGGGCAAAGGUGACUGAUGAUUCUCAGAACAAUGCCAUGUCACUUGUAUCCAGGGGCAAAGCGGAUGACUCAAUGGAUUCCAUAAUCGACGGGUUUAAGAUGGAUAUUGAUAAGAGGACGUUUGCAAUUUUUGAAGAGCGCAGAUCCAGAGCUCCCGAUCAAGUGCUGAGGUAUUGCAGGAGUUCGACUGCAAAACCCCUCUGGCCGAUGUUCAGUGGUCGUCUACCCAAGGCUGAUAUUCCCAGUUGCAAGCACUGUGGUGGCCGUAUGAUCUUUGAAUUUCAGAUCUUGUCUACUUUGCUGUAUUACUUUGGCGUUGAUAAUGGGAGGGACUCUCUCGACUGGGCUACCAUUGUGGUCUACACUUGCGAAUCCUCCUGUGAUGCCUCUGUUGCGUACAAAGAAGAGUUUGUUUGGGUUCAACUCUACUGAUUCCCGCACUCUGGCGUCUUUCUUAGAGCAGUGUGUUGAUAGCUCUUUCCCCCUCUUAGCUCUGCUGAAUUUUCGAGGGGAGAGAUUACCACCUCUGACUCUGAGCCUCUUGACGUUGUGUCAGCUUGCAACUUCCCCUCUGAGAAACUAUUCCAAAAAUUGCCAGAUUUGGGCUUUCGUUUCGAGUUGUACGUUUCAAUCGUUGGGCUGUUUACCAUAACAACUUUUUACUUCCCCUAAAAAGACCUUUGAGUUCUACUUACUAACACACCGGACACGGUUAAUGAUCAAUAUGGUCAAUGUACUCAACUAUAUAUCCAGAACACACAAAACGCUGAAUUCUCAUUUGGGAUAACUGAAGUAUUGAACCUGUAUACAGUUUUGGCUUGGCUUGGCUUAGGCUAGGCUAAUGUGUAUCAUACUGUAAUACAACAUAUAUACUCCAUU